CUAUGCAAAAUUGUUUUUGUAAGAAAUCUCUAAAGUUUAAUGACAUUUCCUGCAGCUAUAGCGAAGGCGGAAAUACAAACAGUCCCCUUCCAUGAAAACGAGGUGCUAUUACAAUCACAUUUCUCACCAGCUCUUUUCUUUUUUGCAAAAGUGUUUAUCCUAGUGAUGUGGAUUUAUGACAAACGUCAAUAGUUAAUAAGAUAACCAAAAACUGUGAAAAUCAAGCGUUCCUGGAAUGUAUCAGAGCUUCACACUGUUAGUCCUUCGCUUGAAACUCAAGGGCCACAUGGCCAGGUAAGUCUUUAACCUCUGGAAACCGUUAAACAUCCUUCCAGUAAGGCAUAAUCGUUAAGCCCAAAGUGUUAAAGAAACUCAGUGAGCUGUUCCCCGCAGGUCACCGCCUGCCUCCACCCUCCUCCCGCUCACUGAACGCAAAAAGCUUAGACGGGAACGGACGAGGCCAGAGGAGACUACAACUCCCAGCAGGCGUCGCGGCGGCAGCGGGCGCUCACCCACGUGCAACCCAGGCCACAGGAGUAAAGUCUCUCUGCCCGCCUUCUGGGAAGGGAGAAUGGCGGCGCCCAGGCUGCGGCUGAGAGCGGAAAAGCUGUUUGCAAUGCCUGCAGUGCUGGAACUACUGAGCCGCUCUAACAGCACGUCCCAAGCCUUUGCUGAGGUGCUGCGGCUGCCGAAGCAGCAGCUGAGGAAGCUGCUCUACCCGCUGCAGGAAGUCGAGCGGUUCCUCGCCCCCGACAGGAGGCAAGACCUUCACCUGCGUAUCUUUGACCCGAGCCCGGAGGACAUCGCGAGGGCGGACAACGUCUUCACGGCCACUGAAGGGAACCGCAUCGACUACGUCAGCUCUGCCGUUCGUAUAGACCACGCCCCGGACCUCCCCCGGCCUGAGGUGUGUUUUAUAGGCAGAAGCAAUGUUGGAAAAUCAUCCCUAAUCAAGGCUUUAUUUUCACUGGCCCCUGAGGUUGAAGUCAGAGUCUCCAAAAAACCAGGACACACAAAGAAAAUGAAUUUUUUCAAAGUUGGAAAACAUUUUACAGUGGUGGACAUGCCAGGUUAUGGCUAUAGAGCACCUGAAGAUUUUGUUGACAUGGUAGAGACCUAUCUAAAAGAACGAAGAAACUUGAAGAGAACAUUUUUAUUAGUGGAUAGUGUUGUUGGAAUUCAAAAAACAGACAAUAUUGCCAUAGAAAUGUGUGAAGAAUUUGCAUUACCUUAUGUGAUUGUAUUAACAAAAAUUGACAAAUCUUCCAAGGGACAUCUCUUAAAACAAGUGCUUCAAAUCCAGAAAUUUGUUAACACGAAAACUCAAGGAUGUUUUCCUCAGUUGUUUCCUGUAAGCUCUGUGACCUUUUCUGGAAUCCAUCUGUUGAGAUGCUUUAUAGCCAGUGUAACAGGAAAUCUUGACUAACGGUUCCCAGUUUAGCUGAAGAUUCAAAAAAAAAAAAGAAGCUUUAUGCUAACUGGAGUUAAAUACCUAGAAGAAUUCCAACAUUGUUUUAAAUGUUGGGCAUCUGUAACUUCCAGGAGGAUCACUUCAGCUUUAAAACAAGAAUUUGCGCCUGGGGGGGGAGUUUAUAAGUAAUUGAAUUAUGGUGUUCAUUAGAACAGCUACUAGCUGAUUCCCCUGUUUUAACAAACUGACGAGCAAGAGCACAGCCAUAAAAUGAAAACCCGUUACAACUAUGUAGAGAAGGGUUUGACAUUUUAUUGGGCUUUUGUCUUUUGAAGAAUAUGUCUACUACGUGUAUUUUUUUUUUUAAUGUUAAUAUGGGCCAGGUAAAAGGGGGCUGCUUUUCUGUUAAGCAUCAAUAGGUAAGUUGAUGGAUAAAUGUUACUAUGUACGCCUA